AUGUUGUUUUCAUUUUUUCACAUUGUCCCUCAGGCAGAGAUUCCUGCUUUCUAUUUACUCACAGUGCGAGUUAUAAAAAUGAGAAAUCUCCAAAGUGCUGAUGUAUUCAGCCAAAAUGAUAGCUAUGUGACACUGAGGUUACCAACAGCUUGUAUGGAUGAAGCCCGAACCAAAACUUUCUCAAACUGCAGAAAUCCAGUCUGGAAUGAAACUUUCUUCUUUAGGAUCCAGAAUGUAGUUAAGAACAUCUUAGAACUAACAAUAUAUGAUGAAGAUGGUUCUUCCAGUGACGAACGUCUUUGCACAGUUCUUUUUGAUGCAUCUCGUCUCCAGCCUGGAAAAACACUUUGCUACAAUUUUCCAUUGAAUGAAAAGAAAGAAGGGGAGUUAGAAGUGGAGUUCACCAUGGAAUGCAUGCCAAAUAUUCCUGAACUCCUUGCUACAAAUGGUAUACUGGUGUCUCGGGAACUUUGCUGCUUAAAAGUACAAGUGUGUGGAAGACAAAGGAAGAUAAGGCGAAGUAAGCAGAGAAAUUUCACAUUUAAAGUGAAAGGAUCUGCUCAAGACACUCGGAUCGUUGUACUGGAUUCGGUAUCUCCAGUUUCCACUGUGUUUCACUAUGCCAAGUACUGUCACCCUCAAAUGGAAGUUCUACUGCCAAAUAAUAGAAUUUCUACCUGUUGUUCCUCAAAUAAAGGAAUAAAGGACUCUCUGACUGUACCUUUGAAUCGGCUGCCCAUAGGAGAGACAGUAAGAAUAGCAAAUGAUAAAGCAUAUGAUAUAUUUGUGACGCCAGAAAACUGUCACAAGAACCUAGAUGUGCGCUUGGGGUCUGAUCUAUGUGCAGAGGAGCUGGAUUUCAUCUGUAAGCGGAAGAGACAUGUUGCUGCUGCAUUGAAAAAACUUUUGCAUCUAAAAGAAGAUCUGCAUGAUGAUGAGGUUCCAAUAGUGGCUGCAAUGACAACAGCAGGUGGUGCGAGGUCAAUGACCGCCAUGUAUGGUAGUGUACAAGCUCUCCAGAAGCUGAAUGUCAUGGACUGCGUUUCAUAUAUUACUGGUUUAUCUGGUACAACAUGGACUAUGGUAAAUUUAUAUAAAGACCCAGAGUGGUCAAGCAAGGAUUUGCAAUGUCACAUCACUGAUAUUCGAAAACAUAUGGUGAAAAGUAAAUUGUGCUGUUUUUCUCCGGAGAACUUAAAACACUAUGAGAAAGAAAUGCACCAGAGAGAGCAAAUGGGUUACAACAUAACUUUUACAGAUCUUUGGGGACUCCUUAUUGAAACCAUGCUUCAUGAUAAGCCAGAUCCCUGCAAACUCUCUGACCAACAAAAGGCACUGAAUUGGGGUCAGAACCCUCUCCCCAUCUACCUUGGUCUUAAUGUCAAAGAAAAUUACAGCACUCUUGAUUAUAAAGAGUGGGUAGAGUUCACACCAUAUGAAGUAGGAUUCCUGAAAUACGGAGCUUUUGUUCGGACUGAAGAUUUUGGAAGUGAGUUCUUCAUGGGCCAUUUAAUAAAGAAGAUCCCAGAAUCUCGAGUCUGCUAUUUGCAAGGCACUUGGAGUAAUGUAUUUUCUCAGAAUGUGUUGGAUGCCUUAUAUUUAGCAGACUGUUCAGAGGACUUCUGGCACAGGUGGACAAGAGACAGAGUGAUUGAUAUCGAUGAAGAUACUUGUCUUACUCUUCCUAAGAAGCCGGAUGUGCGAACACCACGCCUCUUCAUCCCCAGUGGCAGUCUCACAAAAAUGCUUAGAGAUGUUGUAACAAUGCGCCCAGUGGUUUCACAAUAUCAUAAUUUCAUGAAAGGCCUGCAGAUUCAUAAUAAAUACUUAGAGAAUGAUGAAUUUUGUACCUGGAAAGAUACUGUGUUAGAUUCUUCUCCCAAUCAACUGAGUGAUCAAGUAAACCAUCUGGAACUUGUUGACACAGCUUUCUUCAUCAAUACCAGCUGCCCACCUCUUCUGAGACCAGAGAGAAAAGUGGAUCUUAUUUUGCAUUUGAAUUACAGUGGAGGAUUACAGACGCUGCCAUUGGACUUAUCUGAAAAAUACUUCAGAAAACAGGGUAUUCCCUACCCCAGGACUGUACUGAAUGAAGAAGAGAGGCAGAAUCUCAAGGAGUGCUAUCUCUUUGAUGAGGCAGACAAUCCAAGGGCUCCUAUAUUGCUAUAUUUCCCACUGGUGUGCAACUCCUUUCAAAAAUACAAAGCACCUGGUGUGAAACGCAGCCCUGAUGAAAUGGACGAUGGCCAAGCUGAUGUUACCAGCACUAUAUUCUCCCCUUAUGCCACUGGUAUGCUGGAGUAUUCAGAGGAGGAUUUCAACAAGCUUGUGAAUUUGACACGCUACAAUGUGCUGAAUAAUGAACAUAUGAUUCUGCAGGCUUUGCGUAUUGCAGUAGAACGAAAGAAACGGCAAAAGAGAGAGUCUUUAUUUUCAUCAUAUUAA